AGCAGUCGCAGCGAUGGCCUCCAUCCUCUCUUUUCAACCCAUCUAGCACGCCUGUCCGCUGUGGGCUUGCAGCCGCUAGCUGGGCACUUCCUGCUGUUCCUAGCCUCCUAUCUCAAACUCCUGUCUGGAUUUGCAAUCACAGCCCGAAGCGCCUUCUUUAAACAUGUUGCCACUGAUAGCCAAUUGCUGCCCUUGUAGAGUGGAUUUGGUUUGCGAAGACAACUGUUUGCAGCUACGUCCAGAGAACCAGGUAGCAAUUUGAAAAUCAUCGAUCCAGAACUCUGCUGCCCAUGGCCCAAACCAAGAUGACAAACUGAUUUCCAAAGUGUCUGAAUCUAUUUGAACCUGAAGCACAGAGAGAGCGUAUUCCUCUUGGAGUAGAAGCCUGAAGACAGCUGUUUGGGAGUGUCUCCUUUGCAUGCCAGUUGGAGACGAGGCUUGAGGACUUCCUGCGUCGAUGGUGUCUCUGGCCUGGAGGGGAUUGGAGAAGUAACAUCGCCCAGCUUGCCAGCAGGGGCCCUGAGAGCCUGCGCCUCCCCGGGGUCUUCCCUCGCUGCUGACCGAUGGCCCUGGCGGCAGCGGCCCUCUGAGGCUCCGAGCUGGUCCCGCAGCGCUGCAGGCCGGACGAUGCUGAGUUCCAUCAAGUGCGUGCUGGUGGGCGACAGCGCCGUGGGGAAAACGUCCCUGCUGGUGCGCUUCACCUCCGAGACCUUCCCCGAGGCCUACAAGCCCACGGUGUACGAGAACACGGGGGUGGACGUCUUCAUGGACGGCAUCCAGAUCAGCCUGGGCCUCUGGGACACGGCGGGCAACGACGCCUUCCGCAGCAUCCGGCCCCUUUCCUACCAGCAGGCCGACGUGGUGCUCAUGUGCUACUCCGUGGCCAACCACAGCUCGUUCUUGAACCUGAAGAACAAGUGGAUCGGGGAGAUCAGGAACAACCUGCCCUGUACCCCAGUGCUUGUGGUGGCCACCCAGACGGACCAGAGGGAGGCGGGACCCCACAGGGCCUCCUGCAUCAACGCCAUAGAAGGGAAGAGAAUGGCUCAGGAGGUGCGAGCCAAGGGCUACCUGGAGUGCUCGGCCCUGAGCAACCGCGGGGUGCAGCAGGUGUUCGAGUGUGCCGUGCGCACGGCCGUCAACCAGGCCCGCAGGCAAAACAGAAGAAGGCUCUUCUCCAUGAACGAGUGCAAGAUCUUCUGAAUCCACCCCCCCAUGCUCCCCCAACAAGCACGGACUCGUGGGGAGAACGGGGCCCCCACCCCCAAGCCAGGAAGGUUGACACCCAAGUAUAGUUGGCAGGAUUUGUGACUCUCUGCUCUUGAGUAACAUCAUUCUACAAAUGUAUUCCUGACCAGAACAAACAAACAAACAUAGAAAACCCUUGGAAAGCCCACAUGAAUAGUCUAUCCUGUGAUGGAAAAAAAAAACAAACUAAAAUGGCCUCCAUAAUGUAGAACAGUGAAGUGAGUUUUCCAAGUAUGUCAUAUUUAAAGACGUUUUAUUUAAGUACUAACGAAACAUAGAGCUCUUGUAUAGCAUUUGUUUUGUGUGUGUGUGCUUGGAAAGUUUACAUACUUGCAAACAAACUGCUGUAUGAAUGAAAGUCACCUGAAUGGGGAAUUUGGAUGAAACUAUUUGUCUGCUGGAUUCCCUCCCCCAAUCAGAUCUUAACAUGACCAAAAAUUGAUCCUAA